GUCACGAAACAGUGGCACGAAAACUACCCGGAAGGCACCAGGCGUGGAUGAGUCAGCGAUGCUACCCUCCAAUCGGCUGCUGGGGCGGCUGGCACCUGUAACGCGCUAAAUCGGCCUUCGGGAGAACCAGCCUCCGAAAGCCGUACUCUUUUCCUCUUCAAUCAACUUUUGGUCCUCAUCCAUCGUGAAAAUCCUCAUUUUUCUGCUGGGACCGUUGCCACUGUUUUAAAACACCCCAGUUACGGCGCCACACCACCCUCAUCAUCAGCCACAAUGCUCAUGUCCAUUUUUGGCCUGACCACAAGCCAACGUCUUCACCGUCUCAAGCUCAACCUCCGGCCGUCAUGGAUCGUCGACGAACUGCCUGACGGCGUCUCGCGGGAUGGAUCUGGCACCAGGAUAUGCAUAAACUUCAUGGGGGUGGAGGGGCGGAGCAGGUGAUGCGACCCAGAGAGGAGGCACCUGAUGAGGGAGGGCUUGGGCGCCCAAGGGGAUGACACUCUCACGAAGGCCUUCUCUCUCUUCUGGCCACCCAAUUCCUACUCCACGGCCAGCCACCAGGCCACGAUGACAGCGGCCGACAAGUCUGGCGGCGGCUCCGAUCCCUUUGCCUUCCUCACCCCAGAGGAGGAGGACGAAGACCCCGGGAAUGGACUGCCACUCCUUGCCAAGGUGACCGAGGACAAGAGGGCG